AUGCCAAGCGAGAGCGAUACAGACCACCUCGCAGGCAAGGUCGUCCGGCUUGGACCCAACACCCUCAGCUUCGAUUCUGCGACAGCCAUGUCCGACAUCUACGGCGUUCGGGCCAAUGUUCGUAAAGCAGACAGCUAUUGUGCAAUGGGCGCCAGUCGUCGCAGCCCGACCAUCCUGACAGCCAUUGACAAGGGGCUACACGGCUUCAAGCGACGGAUCAUGGCGCAGGUCUUCUCGGAGCAGAGCCUGAAACAAAUUGAGAAUCGCGUCCUCGACAAUGUCACAAACUUCGUCUCACUGCUGAGCACGGACGCAGAUACCAACUCAGGAGGGACUGCGCCUAAGAAUGUAGCCGAUGCUUCCACCUGGCUCACCUUCGAUAUCAUCGCUGAUCGCUGCUACGGGGAGAAUAUCAACCUGCUGCAGUCGGAAAACAUGCGAUGGUUCUCCUCGGCAUUCCGCAAGAUCUCGCAACGCAGCAUGAUGAAUAUGAUGCAGCCCAAACUCUGCCAAUUUAAACUCGACCACAUCUUCCUCUCCUCCCAAUAUAAGGACAUCCGCCGCGCAGGCAGCUGGAUCCGUGAACGCGGCGAAGCCCGCGCCAGACUGGGCAACGACAUUGUCAAGAAGGACAUCUUCAGCGCGAUGUUGAACGCCACCCACCCCAAGACGGGACGGAGUUUCACAGAGAAAGACCUCUGGGUUGGAUCCAAGCUCCUUCUAGUGGCAGGCUCCGACACAACCUCCGACGCCCUCAGCGCAACAAUCUACUACCUCCUGUACCACCAAAACAGCCUAGCCCGGCUAACGAGGGAACUCCGCACGACCUUCGCAACGGAGGACUCCAUCCGCCUCGACACCGCCUCCCCGACCACAAGCCCCUACCUCCACGCCUGCAUCAACGAAGCAUUGCGGCUUCCGCCCUCGGUCCCCAACGGCCCACCGCGCACCGUGCUCCCCGGCAGAAUCCCGGUAGACGGGGACUUCAUCCCCGAGGGCACGGUGAUCGGAACCUCGAUCUACACCCUCCACCGCAACGCCGCCUUCUUCGACCAGCCGGAUACCUUCCGUCCUGAGCGGUGGUUGGACCCGUCAUCCCCCGAGCAGGGAUCCCAGCUCCAGCUCCAGCUCCAGCUCCAACGAAUUCCAUCAUCAUCAUCAGCAGCAUCAACCACCAAGCAAACGCAGUCCGUUUAG